UCAAAUAAGAUUGUUUAUAAUUAGGUCUAAACAGCUAGACUUUGAUAGAAUGGAAUGGUAAGAUUAUGGUCGGAAGAAUUUCUACAGACUGUACAGCUGGAGUUUUAUUGACUGGAGCAUUUCACUUCGGCAGUGCAUUGAAAUUUCAAAUUUAUUCAUCAAUUAGUGUUUAUUGACAACAAAUGGAUUUUAAUACACAUAUUUGGACUAUAUUUUAUAGUUUAGUAUUAUAAAAAGUAGAAAAAGUGCCUCGGAACAAAUAUUUCACUGUUGAAAUGUUAAGGGAAACUUGUACAUUUUCUCUAUUAUGCUUUGAAGGUGUGCAUUUAAAAGGUGAUUUGGGAGCCAUAUUGGCUUUUAUCACGUGACUGAAAAUGUUAUUAAAGCGGAAAUUUUAAAAAUAAAUUAUUGGUAUAAAAAUUAACAUUGAAGAAAAAAUGGGUAAAACAAGAGGUGUACAUGAAACUACACCGGAGCUGAGAAAUCGAAUGGUUGGAAUGUAUGAAGCAGGUCUUGGUUUACGAGAAAUAGCAGCUGCUGUGAACUGUUCUCAAAGAACAGUAAAAAGGUGGUUGAAUCGUUUUGAAAAAGAAGGUACUGUUGAAACAAGAGAAAGGUGUGGUAGAAAAAGAGCUACAACCUCCGAACAAGAUGAAGCGAUUGUUCGUUUAGCAACUCAAACUCAAAUUACAGCAGCUAAAGCUGUUCUUCCAGCUUUAGGUCUUACCUGUUCUGUUGAUACGGUGAGGGAAAGAUUGCAUAAAGCUGGAAUACAUAAUUGGAGUCCAUCGAGGAAGCAUAUUCAAAAAAUUCCUCUAGGUGAUGCUGAUAAUGUUGUGAUUCAACAAGCAGUGUGGCGACCAACUGGUACUCAACUUGGUAAAAAAAAGAACCAAAAAAUGAUGGAAAAAUCAAAAAAAGCCGUUAGUUCUAAGAAAAAGUUUUCUAUAAAAAAAACUAAAUCUCACAAUCGCCAUAAUGAAGAUGAAUGUAUAGCAGACCCUUCAAAACAAUUAGAACCAAUUAAUUCGUCUUUUGAUUAUCCAGCAUCGCAAAAUCUUCCUCAACCACAACAUUCAUCAUCUCAACCUCCACCAAUACCAUUACUACAACCUCCUCCACCACCACAACCGCCUCUACCAGCUUCGUCUUCAUCACCGCCACCAGCAUCGUCUUCAUCGUCACAUAUAACAAACAGUGAGAUACAAUCAUCUCAAUUAAUUGAUAAUAAUCAGUCAGAUUUUAAUAGUGGAUUAAAUUUAAUUGAAACUUCUCAGCCAAUAUAUCAUCACCAUUCAAAUAUUGAUUUAUCACAAAAUUGGUCAUUAAAUUUAGGGCAAAAUUUACAUCAUUAUUCUCCAAAUCAUCAAAAUCCUAUUAUACCGGAGCAAUCACUUCAGCAACAUCAUCUACAAGAACUUGGUGCACAACAAGAGUCAAGUCAAGUGAAUCAUCAAGACCAUCUUCAUGGACAACAGAAACAAUCUUCAGCCACUUUUUUUGAUCAACAUCAUCAACAGCAACAACAUAUGAAUCAAGUUGAAUCAUCUCAACUGCAGCAAUUAGAUAUUCAAACAAAUAAAGAAUCUACUAAAAUAGUUCGAUCCAAUAGUUGUUCUGAUUCCAGCUCUGAUAAUCAAUUUUCAGAUAGUAAUAAUGAAUUAAAUAGAGAUGAAUCUCAAAGUGGCAAAGAAAAAAGAAGAAGUGGUGAGAGUUCUAAGCGUAAAACAAAGAAAAAAGGUGGAAAAGCUAAGGGAACAUUAGAAACAUCAGUUGAGAUAAGAAAUAGAAUGAUUGGUAUGUCUGAAGCAGGAUUAUCAACUUUAUCAAUUGCAUUAGCUAUUAAUAGAUCUGAAAGAACGGUGAAACGAUGGCUUGAACGUUGGAACAAGGAAGGAAAUGUGUUAACAAAGGAGAGAAAAGGUCGUCGAAGAAUAACAACAAAAGAACAAGAUGAAGCAAUUGUAGCUAUGGCAACUCAACAUCCAUUAACAGCAGCGAAGCAUGUUGCACCAGCACUUGGUCUAAAUUGUAGUGUUGAUACCAUUCGUGAAAGACUUCAUAAAGCAGGGAUCCACAGUUGGAAGCUUGGUAAGAAGCAUGGUGAAGGUAAUGCUGUUCAUACUGUUCAUCUUUGGCAACCAAGUGGCAAUCGGCCUAAUAAAAUUAAAUUUCCAAAUGAGAAAAAGAAAAAAACAGUUUCAGAUAAAAAAUCAUAUGAAAGUACUAGUAAACGAAAUGAGCACAAAAAGAAGACUGAUGAAACACCAAAACCUGUCUCACAAUUAGAAAACAUUUUACCAGAGCAAAAUACAAUGCAAUAUCAUAAUACUAGAGCACCAGUAAAUUAUCCAACAUCAUCGAAUACAAUGCAACCAAUUCAUAUAUCAACGAUACAACCAUUAAUGUCAACUACUUCUGUAUCAGAUAUUUCAUCGAAUUCACAGUCAAUUCAACAACCCCUUGGUCCAAUCGCAAUACAACAAAGACCAGAUUGUCGUAUGAUCGCACCGAUUUCAAGUCAAACUAAUCCAAUUGUAAAUUAUUCCUCUUGUAUGAUUACUAGUAAUAGUCAUAUGGAUCAACCGGACUCUCUUAAUUAUGAACCAUUUAUAUGGACUUUUUAAAUGAUUAGUUAGUUUUUUUUUUUUUUUCAAUCGAAUUUAUCUUAUUUUAAUAUUUAUUUUUAUCUAU